AUGAACAUGAGGCUUAGGUUCAAUUUGCGCUUGAGAAAGGAAUCCCAACAAUAUCUGCGGUUAUGGGUACGAGAGACUUCCGAUGUUGUUCAUUGUGCACGUUGUGGUAAGCUUCUCUUGGAGCUGAACCGUUUACUGCGACCUGGUGGUUUCUUUGUUUGGUCUGCGACUCCCAUUUACCAGAAACUUCCAGAGGAUGUUGAGAUAUGGGAAGCCAUGAAGCAGUUGACAAAAGCAUUGUGCUGGGAAGUUGUCUCGAUAACCAAGGACAUAAUAAAUGGAGUUGGAAUCGCCUUGUACCAAAAGCCCACUAUAAAUGAAUGCUAUGAACAGAGGUCAAAAAAUGAGCCUCCUCUAUGCCAAGACACUGAUGACGCCAAUUCUGCUUGGAAUGUGCUUGCAAGCAUGCACAAAGUUCCUGUAGAAAAAAAGUUGUUAAAAAAAUUAAAUCGAUGA